AUGAGCAAGCGUCACAACAGGAAGCGGACAAGGAGCCGGCCCCGUCAUCGUGACGGUGGCAAAGCACGCUCAAACCACGUUCGGACUCUUUCGAUGGCUACGGAAUCGUCGUUUUCGAGCACGGCUUCUUCUAUUCCUUCUUCGCAUUUGAAUUUCCCGAUUGCGAAUAUGCCGUCGGACCAUUGGCAUCAAACGUAUUCAGCAUGGCAGAACCGACUCCGGUACGAGCAGGAGAAGGAGCGCGCCUUGGAGGCUCAGCGCCUGCGAUUCUUUGGCGGAGAAGCUGGCGACGAAACCAGCCUUCUCGAGCCAAUGCUAAAGGUAGUCACGGAUCUCUUCGAUGGCAUGACCGACUACGAAGAUCCAUGA